CCGCGGUUUACAGAGGGAAUUUAUUCCCUCUGACAGGGAAUAAAUUCCCUUGACCGAGUGGUUGUAGACCGCGGAAAUUUUCCGCGGUCUACAACCACUAUAUAAGGGGGAAAUCAUUCCCCCUUCUCCACUCCACACUCCAAAAAAAUGAAUUUGGAGAAAAUUUUAGAGAGAGAGUAGUUAGAGAGAGAGUUAGAAGGGAUACUAUUUUGGAGAAAAUUUUACGGAGCCUAAUUUCGGUGGCGGAUAUUAUUUUGCGUGGCGGAUAUUAUUUUUGGUGGCGGAUAUUAUUUUGCGUGGCGGAUAUUAUUUUUCGGCGCGGAAUAUUAUUUUUUGGCGCGUAAUUAUCGGUAAUGACGACAAAUGCGCUGCCAGCCCUAAAAAUUUAUUGGGAUGGUACAAUAUUAUCGACUCCGGGUGGAGUGGAUUAUGUUUCCGGUAAAUCGGAAAUGGUUGAGCUGACGAGAGUAGUGAAUUUUGCACAACUACAAGUCGUAAUUAGAAGGGUAAUUGGGCUGAACGAUGCUGACGAGAUAGUGAAGAUUUAUCUAAGAGUACCUCGGUUCGAUGAACAUGGAAGAUUUCAAAAAUAUGAUGGUUUUCCUAUGGAGACAGAUGUUCACAUGGAAGCAAUGUGGCGUAAUGUUUCGCGGACGCCACAAAUGAGGGUAGUUGAGUUUUAUAUUGUGUACAAUCCGUUAUCUCAAGUACGUGCGGAUGUAGACGACUGUGCGGAUGUAGACGACUGUGCGGAUGUAGACGACUGUGCGGAUGUAGACGACUGUGCGGAUGUAGACGAUGGUGAUGAUUUUAGUGAUGAAGAUGAGGAAGAAGAACACUUCUACGGGGCCGUUGCUGAUGACAACGAGGAUGAUGAUGAUGAUGAUGAUGACAUCGGUGGUGAGAAUGGAGAUGGCACCCAUGGUGAGAAUGUCGGUGGUGGGUCGGAACAAAAUACAGAUCAUUUUGAGUCGCGCCUUCCUCAUGAGUACACGGAUCAGAAUAUUGACGACAUGCGUGUCAAUAUGAAUCUGUGGCCUAAAGAAAAUGCAAUAUGGGAAGCAGGCAAAGAGUUUGAAUUGGGGAUGGUUUUUAGUUCGAGGUAUGCUGUCCAGACAUGCGCGGCGAGUUAUCACAUUGCAGCUAAUAAAGAAUACAAGAGCAGUGAAACAACUGGUAAAACAAUAGUUCUUGUGUGUGUGAAAAAUGACACUUGCAAUUGGAGGUUGCGUGCGUCGCUUUUUGUUCCACCGCCGCCUGCUUAUGUACCACCUACGGUGCCUCCUUUUCAGGUGCAGUGGGAUCAGCCUACACAGGGUACACAGGACUUUCCAGCUUCACAGGGACUUCCACAGACACCUGGGACUACAGACUUUCUGGCAUAUGGUAGCAGUUGGUUAGGUCUAGACAGCAUGGAGGCGAUGAUGUUCCGCCAACAAGGAGAAUUUGUUACCCCGCCACCAGCUACGACGAGUACGGCCAUUCCACAGGACCAGCAGGGUGACGACGGAGCCGACGACGAGGAGGGCGAUGCAGGAGAGGGAGAUGGUGAUGGCCGCCCAGGUCGACGUUACCUCACCAUCAGUACAGGCCGUCGGGCGAACCGUAACAGAAACAACUUGCGCUCGAACCUCCCGGUCACUAGCAGAUAUGACGAUAGGACUCCUAGGUGA